CUUACGUAAUUCAUAUUCAUGAGCAAAACGUUUGACGUAGCAGGAUUUGUAAAUCUGCUGGCGGGAGGAAGACGGUUCGUGUUUACAGUCACUCGUUUAAUUUCACACAAGUAUGUCUCGACUACUUAACUGUAUUGUUGCAGUUUGUCCCGACAUGGGAAUAGGGAAAAAUGGAAAUCUACCAUGGCACCCAAUAAGACUGAGUAAUGAAUUCAAGCACUUUCAGAGGAUGACCAUGACCCCUUCAGUGGAAGGGAAAAAGAAUGCAGUCAUAAUGGGCAGAAAGACGUGGUUCUCUAUUCCAGCAUCAAACAGACCCCUAAAGAACAGAAUCAACAUAGUACUCAGCAGAGAACUGAAGACAGCCCCAGAGGGAGCUCACUAUCUUGCUUCAGACUUUACUUCGGCCCUCAGUCUAUUGGACAGCCCUGAGCUCGAAAAACAAGUGGACCUGGUUUGGAUAAUUGGAGGCAGCGCUUUGUACAAGGAGGUGAUGGAGAGCCCGGGUUCCAGGCGUCUUUUUGUAACACGGGUCCUCAAACAGUUUGACUGCGACACGUUUUUGCCAGAUAUUAACAUGGACAAGUACAAGCUUUUGCCUGAAUUCCCGGCUGUUCCCACAGGCUUGCAAGAGGAGAAUGGCGUUCAGUACAAAUUUGAAGUGUAUGACAGUGUUGACAACUGAAAAGAAAAGCUUUUAGAUGAUGUUAAGGUUGGAAAAAGGAUCUACUUUGCUUGUUGAUGCUUUAAAGGAAAACCUUUAAAACCACUGUUUUUCAAUAUUUUACUAUGUUCUUACCUCAACUUAGACAAAUUAAUACACACCUAUAAUUUUUCAGUGCGUGCACUUAUUCUUUGUACAGCGUGGCGUGAAUGUGUUAGCAUUUAGCCUAGCCCCAUUAAUUCCUUAGGAUCCAAACGGGGAUGAAUUUAGGAGCCAUCAAACACCUCCAUGUUUUUCCUAUUUAAAGACUGUUACUUAAGUAGUUACACGAGUAUGUAUGGUGGCACAAAACAAAACUUGGUGUUUUUUAAGCAGAUAAAAAAUGAGAACUAUAUUGUAUGGCAGAAGAGCACUUAGUUUGCAACACUUCAACCUCGGCGCGCAGUAACAUCAUCACUCCUGACUACUCCCACUCGCUCAAAAUUUUUCGUCCACCUAAAAAAUCGUCACGUUUUAUUUUGUGCCACCAUACUUACUCGUGUAACUACUCAUGUAACAGUCUUUAAAUAGGGAAAACAUGGAAGUGUUUGAUGGCUUCUAAAUUCAUCCCUGUUUGAAUCCUAAGGAAUGAAUGGGGUUAGCUAAAUGCUGACACGCUGUACAAAGAUUAAGUGCACGCAUUGAAAAUAGAUGGGUAUGUAUUAAUUCAUUUAAGUUGAGGUAAGAACAUAGUAAAUGUUAAAAAAGGGUGGUGUUUUCCUUUAAUGGAAGACAUGAGUUUAAACCUGGCAUUUGUAUUUACCUCAUCACCCCCCCCCCCCUUAAAGUCUCCCACUUUCUUAUUAAUAAAAGUGGCAAAAGCUCAAACUUUAAAAUCAGUGCGAUGUUAUAAUGUCACUGUCAGUAUUAUUUGGUUUCUAUUUAACAAAAAAAUUUACUGACAAAAUCGGAAAAAGAUGGGAUAAGAGGAAAGGAGAGAGAUAUGGAAGAUAGAAAAAUUUGAGUACCCAGCGCAAGCCAGACACAAACCUGUGUCUCCCAUAAGCACAACACCUCAAUGUGUCAGAACAUGGCUGCUAACCGCUAGGCACAGAUUAAUCAAUUAGUCAUUAAUCAAGUUUAUACCAGUUGUUAUACCUUGGUUAUUGUUUCAAAUAUUCACAAAUAUCUUUUUUAUCCCAAUAAAUUGUCUUUCCUA